UUUUUAAGUAAUUUAGAACAAUGAAAUUUAAGAUAAAAUUUGUUUAAUAAAAUUUUGUUUUUGAACUCAAUAAGUAUGGAUGUAAUAAAUAAAUUUCGUUCUACUGUUACAAAUACUAUGUCACAGCUAUCUACAGUACUUCCUGGUAAUCCUGUUACUAGGGAGUAUGAAGCUACAAAGCAUAUUGCAAGUGCUGGUAUUGGUCUCCUUUGGAAAAUCUAUAGCGGUUACAAAAAAUCAACACAACAACCGGCAUCAAUAUUUCUAUUAGAAAAAAGACAGUUGGAUAAAUGGUCAAAAACUGAACGAGAACACAUAAUAGAAGUCGUUAAAAAAGGUGUUGCCCAACUAACUAGACUUAAACAUCCUCAAAUUCUAACUGUUCAACAUACUUUAGAAGAAUCUAGAGAAAGCUUAGCUUUUGCGACAGAACCUGUAUUCUGUAGUCUAGCUAAUGUUCUUGGUAAAAUGGAAAAUACCCCACAGCCUGUACCAAAAGAUUUUCAAGAUUAUAGUCUUUUUGAUAUUGAUAUUAAAUAUGGCCUAAUGCAACUUGGUCAAGGUCUUACAUUUUUACACAAUGAUGCUAAGCUUCUUCAUCAUAACCUCUGCCCAGAAAAUGUCAUAAUUAAUGAACAAGGUGCUUGGAAAAUAUUUGGUUUUGAUUUUUGCUCUCAUAGUACUAAUCCAAUCGAUCCCAACCCUACAUGGUCUAGCUGGGAGUAUAAAGUAGAUGUUCAUCCUUGGGCACAACCAAAUUUAGACUAUUUAGCACCAGAAUUAGGAUGUAGCCACAAUCAAAUUAAAGCCAAUGAUAUGUUUUCAUUGGGAAUAUUAAUUUUUGCCAUUUAUAACAAAGGAAAUGCACCAUUACUAGCAAAUCAUGACUGGGCCACAUAUAAGCGCAAUAUGCAAGAAAUUAAAAAUAAUACUCCUAAUCUGUCAAAUGUUGUUAUUGGUCUCCGAGAACCUUUAAGUUUGUUAUUAAGUUUUAGAUCUGAUGAUAGACUUGAUGAACAUGAAUUUUUAAAAAUAGAAUUUUUUAAUGAUGUUGGUGUCAAAACUUUAAACUAUUUGGAUUCAUUAUUUCAAUGGGAUAAUUUACAAAAAUCACAAUUUUAUAAAGGCUUGCCUCAAAUAAUGGAAAAAUUACCUCAUAGAAUUUGUCUUAAUCGGAUUCUUCCAUGUCUAGUAAAAGAUUGUGUCAAUCCUGUAAUGAUUCCAUUUGUUUUGCCAAAUAUUUUCUAUGUUUGUGAAAACUGUACUAAAGAUGAGUUUAUUAAUCAUGUUUUGCAAUGCUUAAAGCCAAUAAUGAAAGUUCAUGAACCAGUUCAAGUUCCAUUCAUUUUUCUUCAAAAAAUGGAAUUAUUAUUAAAAUUAGCACCACCAGAAGACAUAAAAUCUGACAUUUUACCAAUGUUGUAUAAAACAUUGGAAUUGGAUUCAAAACCAGUUCAAGAAACUUGUCUAUCAGUCAUUCCAUCACUAGCUGCUCUUGUAGAUGGCCCUUCCAUGAAAAAUGCUUUAUUACCAAGAAUAAAAAGAUUAUGCUUGUCAACAUCAGAUCUUUCAGUUCGUGUAAAAUGCCUUGUAUGCAUAGGAAAAUUAAUUGAAUAUUUAGAUAGAUGGUUAGUACUGGAUGAUAUAAUUCCAUUUUUACCCCAAAUACCUUCCAAAGAUCCUGCUGUAAUUAUGGGAAUUUUAGGCGUCUAUAGGAUUAUUCUUUCCCACAAAAAAAUGAAUAUAACAAAAGAAACAAUGGCUCUAAGUGUUUUACCAUUUUUAAUACCAAUGUGUAUUGAGAAUACAUUAACACUGAAUCAAUUUAAUGUUUUAAUAUCCAUUGUUAAAGAAAUGGUAGCCAGUGUUGAAACUGAACAUCGAGCUAAAUUACAACAAUUAAAUGAACAAAAUAGAACAAUUCCAAAUAGUUUAAUGUUAGAAAAUGAAACAACUAAGUCAAAUGGUUUAAUAAAUGAAUUUCAAUUUAAGAAUCAUACUGAAAAACCUUCCUUGCAAUUAUCUGGGUUUGAUGAUAUAGCAAAUAAUUUAUCAUCCAACUAUGAUGACUCAAAGGCAAAAAAAUCUCAAGAUGUAUCAUUCCAAAUGUUCCAACAAGAUUUUCCUCUUACUCCGAGAGUAGAAAAAUCUAAUAAAACCAAUCCAGCACCUAAAGAUCUCACAUCUAGUUUAAUUGAUUCAAAUAUAAAUCAAAUUAGUUGGUCAAAUAAAAUAAAACCUACCACAAGUUCAUUAUCUCAAUCAAAAUCAAUGGGAUUUGAAAAUAAACCAGCAAGUCUUCAAGGUAGAUUAUUAGGAUUUGAUAAUAAUUCAUUUACUUCACAAAACAAACCAAUGUCACUUCAAAAUUCAGCAAAUAAUUGGAAUGAGUUAUGGACUAAACAGGAAGAAACUCAACAUGUUAAACAGUUAUCAAUAUCAGAUAUUAACGAUUUAUUAAGUUGAUGAUGGUAAAUUAUUCAAGCUACAAAACAGUGAAUGUUACCUAUUUUAUUUAUUAACUUUAUUCAAGUAUUUUUGUUCUUAAGAUUUUUGUCAGUGAACCUAUUUUUAGGGAUGAGUAUAAUGAUUCCUCAGUUUUUGAUCAUAAUUAUACUGUUACUAUCACCUAACAAAAA